AUGAAGGUUCUGGCUUUAUUCCCUCUCCUAGUUGCUAUUCUGUUAGUGGACGGUCAGACAGAACAGGUUUGUCAUGAUCAGUCAGACUGUGGAGAAUGGGAAUGUUGUGUAGCCGACGCGGACAAACGGACCGCCAACCACAAACGUUUUAUAUUCCAACAUACGUCCGGGGUGUGUCGUCCAAAGAGGUACCAAGGACUCACUUGUCACGUGUUCCUACAGCAAUUUAACGGGAUAUUCAAUGACUACUGUCCCUGUGACGAAGGUCUUGUCUGUGAGGGCACCACCAUUCUCAGCAACGGACACCACACCAAUCCCAAAUGUAUUCCCGCGGACGAGGCGCACAGCACACCAGCACCUCAUUGA